AUUGCACGCGCGGCUACAGGUGACACAGUAUCACUCGGAAGGGCGUUUAGUUUCAACCUUUGAGCUUAUCUUAACUCAGCUUUUCGAGGACCUAGCAAAUACACAACUUCCUAAAAGUUAUCUUAACGUAAUAUAAAACCGGGUAGGCUAUUUUAAAAAAAUACAUAUAGGCUAUAUUAUACUUUGUAGUAUUUCAAAACGGAUAUGUGGACCUUCGUCUUUGUGUGUCUAUCAAUCUCAGUCACAGGCCUGCACGGCGCAUUUACAGUUACUGUUAAUCCCUCAGUGAAAGUGAAAGAGAAUGAGGGAGUUGACUUGAAAUGUUCAUACACCGCUGACUUUGGUGCAUCACCCAGAAUAGAAUGGAAGUUCAAGGAUCUCAAGGGCUCUCAAGUAUUAAUCUACUUGGAAAACAAACCAAGUGCUCAGUAUAUAGGCCGUAUCGCUAUGGUUGAAGGAGGACUGAGAUUUAACAAGGUGACGCGAGCAGAUACUGGAGACUAUGACUGUGAGGUGUCUGGCAAUUCUGGAUAUGGCGAGAACACCAUCAAACUUACAGUCCUUGUGCCUCCUUCCAAGCCUGUGUCCAGAAUUCCUUCAUCAGUCACAACAGGAAGUAACGUCCGCCUGACAUGCUAUGAUGCAGAUGGUUCCCCUCCAUCCACCUAUAGGUGGUACAAAGAAAACACUCCCCUCCCUGAAGAUCCAAGCAAGUUUCCCAGUUUUAAGAACCUCACCUACAAGAUGAACGUCUUCAAUGGUAACCUGGAGUUCCCGAGUGUGUCUAAGCUGGAUACUGGUUCAUAUUUCUGUGAGGCCAGUAAUGGAGAAGGUUCUCCUCAGCGUGGAGAUACAGUGAACAUGGAAGUCCGUGAUGUGAAUGUUGGUGGUAUUGUUGCGGGGGUUAUCGUGGCUUUCCUGGCAGUGGGAUUGCUCCUCUUUGCUCUCUGGUUUGCCAGUAAAAAGGGAUAUCUACCAAAAAAAGCAGAAAGCAAGCCGAAACAGCAAGCUGUUUAUAUACAGCCUAGAGCAGAUGAUAUGGAUGAUGGCGAUGGGGAAUUCAGACAGAAAUCAUCUUUCAUUGUGUAGUCUGUGCUACUCUGGAUGUCAAGAUUCGGUGCCUAGAUCAACUGUUUUCUGUUUGAGUUCAUACAAAUCAGCAUGAAUGUGUAUGUGAUGAGAUGUGCCUUCCUACCCAUCUUACCACACAAGUUGAUCAUAGAAAUGUCCAAAAGCUUUAAAGCAACUAUCAUAAAUGUGUGUGAGAUUGCAGAUUUAGCUUUAGGAAUCUAAACCCUGUGUCUCUGUUUUGUAGAAAUAAAGAGAAAUUUAAUUUAUUGAACUAUGAUUAAUCUGUGAGUGGAACACAAACCUAAAGGUUUUAAUGUCAAUUCUUUAUUAAUAUAAUUUGCUUGAUAAUAAGCAGUUGUUCAGUCAUGUUUGGACUGAGAUGUCCAAUGCUAUUUUUUUUUUUACAUGACUCUGCACUAUGAGAUGGAAACUUCUUGGGGAAUAGGAGGUACUAUGAACGUUCCCCAUUCAGGAAAUAAUCUUCCCUCUCUUUUAUAUAAACAUUUGCUGUACAAUGUAGUCAUUGAUCUGUUUUUUGUUUACUUCACUGGCAUUUUUAUGAUACUGUACCUUGUUUGUGUGUUUUAUACUUCAUGAAAUGUAAAUAGAUCGUUCUGUCUUUUUAUUGGAUUUUUUUUUUUUUUUUGGAUUUAAAAUCAUGCUUAAUUUACCUCUCUGAACUGUGAAUUUGGGAACAAAUUUCUAAACUUAUUUUCCCCCUUUUGUUUGAUUGAAAUGUUAACAUGUGACUUGAUCCCAAUCUUCCAAUAAAUGAAAUCUACUGAA